AUGCUCAAUACUACAACUUUCGGGCCCUCCAACUUCCAGCGGGGCCUCUUCCCCCCCCAGAUCCCCCCCAACUUCAACAAUAGCGUCAAGUCCCAGAUCUCCCCCAACGUCAACAGCGUCGAGUCGUCCUUCCAGCCCCCCUACAUCCACUCUCAACUUAGCUCCCCCAGCUUCACCACCUUCUGCUCCAAGAGCCGCUGGACCGUCUUUGGCGAACACCCUCACGGGCUUUAA